ACCACACGCAGUGUGUGAGUCAAGAAAACAAGAAAAGGUGUAAGUGAACGAAAUGACAUUGAAAUGAAAAAUAAAACAAAUAAAUUGAAACUUUAAAUCGUUUUACUAUUGUAAUCAAUGUGAAUAGAAUUUCAAAGAAUUUUCGAAGUAAAUCAAAUGAUAAAACCAAACUCCAUCAGAUUUUAAGACAAUAAAAGUGGCAGUGAUAUCGACCUUGAAAUGAGGUGUGAAAAUUCAAUUCCUUUGUAGCAAAAAUUUAUUAAACUUUUGUCUGACAACAUUUUACUAUAAUAUUCUUUCCAUAAAACCAGAUAAGAAACUUUUUUUCUUUUCAUUCAAUUUGUUUAGGACAAUUUUUUAUUUGUGAUAACAUGAUGAAAAUGCGAUUCAUUUUUGUUGAUAAAAGUGAUUUGAUAUAAGCAAAUGCGACUGAGACGAGUGUAAUAAAUUUAGUGUACAAUAAACAGACUUGCAUUCUACAAUAAACAAAUUUGCAAGGAGUGUCGACGAAAAGUCUCUCUCUCUCGAGUCGUCGACCGCGACCUCAUUGCCAAUUAUAUUAUAGGAAAAGUAAUUCAUACGCACAAGAACGAUAUUGUAAAGUGUUAAGAAGUGUGUUGUUUACAUUUUCUUCCGAACGAAAACAUUCUCCAUGUCCAACAUGACAAAGCACAAUAACUUUAAGAAUGACAGCCCUUCGAUCAUGGAGCCACUCGAAUCCCCAUCGUUAACGCUAGAGAGCGACCUUAAUGAUGCCAUACAGACUGAUAUACUAGGGGACGCAUUAUCCAGUAUAAGAUUGAACUCAAAUCCGAUGAGGCCCAUGUACAUAACAAACGAUACAACUAACCUGUACACCAAAAAUGAUCCAUUAUCAAAUGUACCACCAAACACACCAUUACCAAUGACCGCCGUGUUCGAUAACGAUUAUCAGCGUAAACCAACGAAAACUCUUUUACUUCAUCAUACCGCCGACGAACUCAAUUCCAUAAACAUGCACUACGAAAAAAGUUUUCUACUGAUGGAUGGCAAGGAGCGAUUGUGUGUGCCAACGGCAGAAUUAUUCUGCAAACAACUCGGCUGUAAACCGGACUCAAAAAUCAAAGUGGUGUCGAUAUUUGGUAACACCGGCGACGGCAAGUCCCACACGAUGAAUCAUUUAUUCUUCGAUGGUGCUACGGAAGAAGUGUUCCGAACGUCCGAAUCACAGGAUUCGUGUACGCUAGGUGUUUGGGCCGCGUAUCAACCGACCACCGGUGUAUUGUGUCUUGAUACGGAAGGACUGCUCGGUAUUACAGAGAAUGAGAGUCGACGGAUGAGAAUGCUGUUGAAAUUGUUGGCGAUAUCGGACAUUGUGAUUUAUCGAACGAGAUCCGAAAGACUGCACAGCGAUAUGUUUACGUUUUUAGGGACCGCAUCACAGGCGUUUUGCAAAUUUUUUUCGGCUGCAUUGCAAUCAUUCGAAUUACCCGGAUCGCCACAGGCACUAGGACCAGCCGUUAUCAUAUUCCAUGAGACACGAAAUACCAAGGUUAUCGAAGCAAGUGGUGAUAAAAGUGCUGAAGACAUUUUGCGUGAGCGUUUCGCUGCUAAGAAUAGUAAUAUCGAUGCAUUUAGUUCAAUAAGAUAUGUUGGCGUACAGACAUCUGUCCCACCCACAAACUAUACAUUCUUAACGAUAGCUUUGAACGCUGAACUAAACAAUACAACCGUACGAAGUAGACGUCAGCCCGAAGUUGUAUUCAAGGCGCUUGACGCACUGAAUAUGAAAUUCAACGGAAAAAUAUCAGAAACCUCCAUCAAUCCGUUCCCCGAACAGUAUUUCACGUGUGGAGUGCACUGUGAAUCGUGCAAGGAACGCUGUGAACGAUCUAUGGGCCAUGUUAUCGAGGGCGAAGAGCAUCGGAAUAAGAACCGGUGCCGGUACCAGCAUCAGUUCGAGAAUAAAGUCUACCUGUGUCGCAUGUGCUUAACGAAUGGACGCGAGGUUAUUGUAAAAAUAACGGCACAAUCGACCAACGAUUCCAAAUCGUGGUUGGGAUUGGCGAAAUUUGCAUGGAGCGGAUCGGUCAUUGAAUGUCCGAAUUGUGGCGAAAUAUUCCGGGCUAGGCAAUAUUGGUAUGGAAACUCAAAUCCAGAGGAUAAGGCUGUGAGAUCAGAGAUUGUUCAUGUGUGGAAAAGUGGAAAAGUGUCGGGCGAACUGCCUGCACAUUCUGCACAAAUGGCAUUGGAUGGUGUAAAUUAUCUAACGGAAACAGUGGGCAAAAUUGGCGCUCAGCCGUUAAAAGCGGUUACAAGUUGGGUGGCAGACAAAGCGGCACCUUCGUACUGGAGACCAAACUUUGAUAUUAUUGUGUGCAACUCGUGUAAAAUAAACUUCGAGCAUAACGACUUAAGAAAGCACCACUGUCGAGCCUGUGGCGAAGGAUACUGCAAUCAAUGUUCCACCAGUGAAAUGCCAGUUCCGGCUCGUGGUUGGCCGUAUCCAGUUCGUGUUUGUGAUAGUUGUAAAGAGAUUUUAGCGAAGAAACACGAUGCGUGUCCAGACCAAAUUCAAAGAAUCAUAAAUUCACCUGCAGGAAGUGUUAGUAAUGGAUUGGACGAACAAGACGUUCGUGUCCGUCGCUAUGGUGAAGUGGUCGUAAACACAUUGUCGACCGUACGAACGGUAUUUGAUUAUCCGAAAGACUUUAUAAAGGAAUCGGCACGUCCAUCGUACUGGGUGCCCGAUACCGAAGCACCCGAUUGUUCGGUGUGCAAAUCCACGUUCGGCACAGCUGAAGAAUUGUCGGCGAAAUUGGAGCAGAGCCGUUCGUCACCAUUGCGGAUAUUAUGUGAUCGAUUGCGUCAUCAUUGUCGCAGUUGCGGUCAAGCGGUGUGUGAGAAUUGCUCGAAGGGUAGACGACCGGUUCCGGAUCGCGGAUGGAUGAGUGAUGUACGGGUUUGCGAUCCAUGUAACAAGCCAGACGCGUUGUGUUAGUGUUGAAGUGAUUUUUUUUUUCAAAUUUACCUUUGUUGAAUCCAGCCGAUUCCGUUCAUAUUGAUUUUGUAUUUUGUUCUCUGCUCGUCGUCGGACUUGCUGUUUUUUUAAUUCAAAAUUGUUAGACAAGAAUAUUGUAACCAAAGAAGAAGAGACAGUUUUUGAAACAGA